AUGCAAGCUCUUGAUGACAACUUUUUCUACUCAAACUCAAGAUUAAUCAAUGGAAACCUGCAGAAGGAGAAACAGCUGCUGGUGGAAGAGCAGAAGUUGUGCAGAGCGAGAUCGCGCAAAUUCUUUUUGGAAACCCAGCGACGUCGAAAGGCUUUGGAGGAGCGACGGAAACGCUGGGACGUCCAUGAGCAACGGCUGAUAGAAGAUGCACUACAGCAGCGGCGACAGAAGGUGCAAGAGGCCACCGAACGCUUCCAAAGAGCACAUCUACCUCCUUCUCAAAGACACAGACAAUCUUGUAAAAAUAAUGUCCCAACUUUAGAUGAUGCACUUCACCAUAUUCAAGGCAGCUCACGUUUUGAUAACCGGCAAUCCUUAUUUGGACAUGUAAGCAGUCAAACUCUUUCCUCCAAAACAUCCUCACAACAAUCUCCGCAUCAUGCCCUCUCAGCUGUGGAGGCCUACACCCAGCUGCUUCAAGAAAGAAGUCUUAAUUCACUGCAGGAGAAUCGAGACAUCACUGAGCCCCCACAGAAGCCUGGUCACUGCAGUCCACAGGAGGACUCCCUUUCUGACUGCAUUCACUCAGAGAGCAUCUCCAGUAAAGACAGCCUGGAUUCAGAGGAACCAAAGAAUGGAACCAAAUAUUUUAAUUCUUUAUCUCCAGCCUUCUUACUUGACUCAAACAAGUGCCUUUCAGAUGCGAAGAAGCACUUCCACCAACCAGACUAUCCAACUGAAACACUUCUAGUACCCCCCACACCAAGACAGAACCUGACACCCCCUUUCCCAAACAAGAGUCUGCGCUGGACCUGA